GUAUUCUGUACUCAGGAAGCUUCUCUGGUAAGCCUCCUUCUCUCUCUCUCUCUCUCUCUCUAAAAAGAAGGGUUGCGAAUUUAAACCCGCUACAGAGACGAUCUUUCUUGUCUUCUUCCUCGAGGAGCUUUCUGAUCUUCAAGAACAAGGGCUUUCGAAUUCGAACCUUUAUCCGUUGCGGAGCCGCUUGCUUACCCUAAUGAGAAGGUCGCGGAGAAAAUCCUCCGUAGUAGCUGUUGAAGUUCGCGAUUCGAUUGGGAAUUUCAGUACUAGGUUUUCCUCACCGUCCUUUGUGAAGCGAGUGGAGAAAUUAUCCUCUGAUCAACGAGAUGCAAUAAAGAGUGUGGGAUUUGGUAAUCUGUUGCUCAUACCGAGUCACACCCUUAGCAAAAAUUUAUUGGUUGAGUUGAUGGAGAAAUGGAGCUGCGAGAAGCGGACAUUUGUACUUGCUCUCGGCGAAAUUUCCAUGACUCCCAUGGAUGUUGCUUUGGUUUUGGGGCUUCGUGUCAUUGGAAAGCCGGUGAUACUAGAGCAGAGUGAGCCUUUUUCUGAUCUAGAAGAAGAUUACGGUGCUGUUCCUGGGAGGAGGAAAAUUACGGUUGCUUCACUUGAGAGUAGACUUGAUUCCCUUGGUGGGGUAGCCGAUGAUGACUUUAUAAGGACGUUUUUACUUUUUACAUUUGGGACAUUUCUUUUUCCGAAUACAAAUGGAACGAUUGAUACUCGCUAUCUUUCUUUCCUUAGUAAUUUGGAUUAUGUACAUCAAUUUGCUUGGGGUUCUGCUGUUCUUGAUGAUCUGAUAAUGUGGUUAAGUAGAAGGAAAGAGAAAAAUAUGCAGUAUGUUGGAGGUUGUCUUUUAUUCCUUCAGAUGUGGUUUUAUGAGCACAUAGACAUGGCUCGGCCUAGUCUUCAAAAUGAUUCCUUGACUUUUCCCCGUGCAUGCCGAUGGGGAAACAGUAAAUCCCAUCCAAGACUGUGGGUCACUGAAGAAUUUGAGAAACUAAGAGAUGAUCAGAUAAUCUGGGAGCUUCAACCUACUGCGAUUGAGUUAGAAGCUGAUACAAUCAAAGAUAUUUUGCCGGCACAAACGGAUGAUCCCCAAGGGACAGGUCCACAAUCCGGGGCAAAUGAUUUUUUGGCAAAUCUUCCAAUGGAUCUUGAUGUCAAAGCAAAAAUCGACUCCGAUGUAGAUACGAUUGAUAGUAUACAAAGGUCAGAGAUGUUUAAUUCACUGAAACCUUGCUUGUCGCCAGAUAAAGUGCACUCUCUGAUAAAUGCUGAUUAUCUAUCUAGACGAGAAGUGUGCAACAAGCAUGUUGAAUCACCAUCUACAUCAUACGACUCUCCUAGAAAAUCAUCAGCUGGCAUGGAAGAUGACUUGAUGCUGAAAAAUCGGAUAUUGCAAGAGAAGAUUGUGGAGUUGGAGAAGGAGAUAAGUGAACUGAUAAAGGAAAACAAUCAAUUAAAAGGCCAGCUACUCUCAAGUCCAUCAUUAGAAAAGGAAAAUGAUGAUCUGAAGAAAGAAGUGGCUGAUUUGAGAGGAGAAAAUCAAAUGCUAAGCCUGUCUACAGAUCGUCUUGUGGCUCAGCUCGAGAAAUUGCUCUUCAAUGAGGAAAUUAAUGGUACAGAAGAAACGUGACUCUACCAUAAGAAGAAAAAAUCGGAGAGAAUAUAGAUAUAUGCAUGCUGGUUUUCGAAGACAUCGCAUAUGCUGUUGGCAAGCAUAGCUGGGAUCCAGGACAGAAAAUCCUGCUAAGUAAACAUGGGCUGUCGUUUC